UCAAUUCUCAUACCAAACUUCAAUUUCUUGAUAAGACGGCUGCAAGAAAAUAGUCGUGCGAAAGACGACCGAAAUGACUGCUGCUGCAACUGCGAUGAUGAUAAGGGCACGGAAUUCAAAGCAUGUCGUCCUCCCACUCCUCUCACCCGCUCACUACAGUCGUUCUCCUGGGCCAAGUCCGAUUCACUGCCUCGUUGCUGACUCGGUACUCGCCCGAAAUGCCAUGCCCACGUCCAAUUUCUCCCCUUUCUGCCGUUCCAUGGCCACUUUCGCCCGAACGAAGACGCACGUCAAUGUGGGCACUAUAGGACAUGUUGACCAUGGAAAAACUACACUGACUGCUGCAAUUACAAAGGUGCUGUCUGAACAGGGCAAAGCCAAAGCCAUUGCCUUCGAUGAGAUUGACAAGGCUCCUGAAGAGAAGAAGAGAGGGAUUACAAUUGCUACAGCCCAUGUGGAGUACGAAACAGCUAACAGACAUUAUGCACAUGUGGAUUGCCCAGGUCAUGCAGAUUAUGUUAAAAACAUGAUUACUGGAGCUUCACAAAUGGAUGGGGGUAUUCUUGUAGUAUCUGCUCCAGAUGGACCCAUGCCACAAACAAAGGAACAUAUUUUGCUUGCGCGCCAGGUUGGUGUACCAUCUUUAGUUUGCUUUCUCAAUAAAGUUGAUGCUGUUGAGGAUCCUGAGCUACUUGAACUUGUUGAGAUGGAGCUUCGAGAAUUGCUUACUUUCUAUAAAUUCCCUGGGGAUAAAAUCCCAAUUAUUCGGGGUUCGGCCUUGUCAGCUCUGCAAGGAACAAAUGAGAAGCUUGGUAAAGAGGCUAUCUUAAAAUUAAUGGAUGCUGUUGAUGACUACAUAACUGAGCCAGUUCGCCAGCUUGAAAAGCCUUUUCUCAUGCCGAUUGAAGAUGUCUUUUCCAUCCAGGGGCGUGGGACUGUUGUCACCGGCCGAAUAGAACAAGGCAUCAUCAAAGUGGGUGAGGAAGUUGAAGUCUUGGGAUUGACACAGGGUGGCCCUCUAAAGACCACAGUGACCGGUGUAGAGAUGUUUAAGAAAAUCUUGGAUCGUGGACAAGCUGGUGACAAUGUAGGCCUUCUUUUGCGUGGUUUAAAACGAGAAGAUGUUCAGCGAGGACAGGUUAUAUCAAAACCAAAUACCCUAAAAACAUACAAGAAUUUUGAGGCUGAGAUAUAUGUUCUGACAAAAGAUGAAGGUGGUAGGCACACUGCAUUUUUCUCAAAUUACAUGCCACAAUUCUAUAUGAGGACGGCAGAUGUUACUGGGAAAGUGAUCUUACCUGAAGACAUUAAGAUGGUCAUGCCUGGAGAUAAUGUGACAGCAAAGUUUGAGCUUUUAUCUCCAGUUCCUCUUGAAACAGGGCAAAGAUUUGCUUUACGAGAAGGAGGUAGAACAGUUGGUGCUGGAGUGGUUUCAAAAGUACUUGGCUAAGAUGCCAGUGAUAAUUCUCCAACUUUUACACAAUGCUGGAUAUAAAUUGAAGGUUUUUUCUCCUUGGAUAUAGCAGGAAUUAUUGAUGGCGGCUGACCAUUUAUUAAGAUUUGAUGCAAGUUCUGGUAGGAUUUGGUGUACCAGUAAAUCAUAAGACUUUUUGAGUUUUUAAUGGUGCCCUAGGAAUUCUAAGCAUGAAUAAAUGAAACAAAUCACAGAAUGAUGAGCUUGUAAAAAGUAGUAUUCUCUCGUGCCUGGAUAUAUGAAGUGUAUAUACCCUUUUUCUUA